AUGUCGUCGAUUUUAAUCACCAAAAACCAUGGUUGCGAGAACCAGACUGAACACUGCCAAAAACACAUUUACCCGCUUCCACCUCCCGCGUCCAAAGUUCAGAAACGCAAUUCCCCCAAAUUCCCCCGUUCAACCUUGUUCCGCACCACCUCCUUCUUCCGCGUCCACCUUCUUCCGAACCACCUCCUCCUUCUCCCUUGCCGAAGCUUCCACGGCAGGUUGUGCCCUCGCCGGUGCAGCUGCAGGUUCUGGUCCCUCUGGACACGAAACGGUUCGUCGCCAUCAGUGACUUUGGCGAUAGAGCUAUUACUUCUACCUCUGGAUCUGCAUGCUUCAAUUCAUCAAUUCACUACUAGUGGAACUCAUCCUAGGCUUGGUGUUGUGGACCACAUUUGUUUUCACCCCUUGGUUGGUGCUUCCUUGGACCAAGCAGCUACGGCUGCUCGCUCCUUGGCUACGGAAACAGGCUCUACCCUGCAAGAAGGAUAUGUUUUAAUGGUGAAGUUAUCAACCCGGAGUACGAUUCGGGAAAUUGGUGAAGUUAUCAACCGUCAUGCAACUAUGUCAGGCUUUUCAGUGGUAAAAUCAUACUGUGGUCAUGGAAUUGGAGAGCUCUUUCAUUGUGCACCAAACAUUCCUCAUUAUGGAAGAAAUAAAGCAGUUGGUAUUAUGAAGGCUGGACAAACCUUCACAAUUGAACCAAUGAUCAACGCAGGGUAUGUUUCUAAAAGGUUUAAAUUGAUUACUUACAUGGAUACACGUCAUAUUUCUAAAAGAUUUAAAGCAGUUUGAGUAUUUUUGUUCUUU